ACGGUGCCCCGGGUCUGCGGGCCGAGUGCGCCGGCAGGGGUCGAGCGCGCGUCGCCUCCCCGCCCCCACCGCACGCUGUGGCGCAGCAGGAAUUUGGCGGGGACCCGGGCGCUAUUUGCGGUUCUUGACGCUCUGCAGGAGGCUGCUGGUGGCCCUUCGCUCAUCGCUAUUCUCGGGGCACUGGGUCAUAGCUCUCGGCCGGCAGCGACCGGCCCCCUCCCCCUGGCCCGGAGGGUGUGUCCCCGCACGGGGGCUCGCCGCGCCUAUAAGGGUUGAGCGGCGGGUAGGGAGAUGCAGCUCUACAGCAGCGUCUGCACCCACUACCCAGCCGGGGCACCGGGUCCCACGGCCGCAGCCGCCGCCGCGCCCGCCGCCGCCGCCCCCUUCAAGGUCUCCUUGCAGCCGCCGGGACCCGCCAGCAGCGCGCCAGAGCCCGAGACCGGUGAGUGCCAGCCCGCCGCGGCCGCCGAGCCUAGGGAAGCCGCCGCCGCCGCCGCCGCCAAGAUGCCCGCCUUCUCCUCCUGCUUCGAGAUGGUGUCCGGGGCCGCCGCCCCCGCCUCGGCCGUCGCCGCCAGCCCGGCCGGCGGGUCCUGCAAGCCGCCGCUGCCGCCGCACUACACGUCCACGGCGCAGAUCACCGUGCGGGCCCUCGGCGCCGACAGGCUGCUUCUGCACGGGCCCGAGCCCGGCGCCCCGGCGCCCGCCGCCGCCCCGCGCGGCCGCUGCCUCCUGCUGGCCCCGACGCCCGGCGCCCCGGUCCCGCCGCGCCGGGGCUCCUCCGCCUGGCUGCUGGAGGAGCUGCUGAGGCCCGACGGCCCCGAGCCCGCCGGCCUGGACGCGGCCCGGGACGGGCCCGACAGAAACUUCCGACUGAGCGAGCACCGCCAGGCCCUGGCGGCCGCCAAGCACCGAGGCCCCGGGCCGCCCCCGGGGAGCCCGGAGCCUGGCCCCGGCUUGUGGAGCGAGGAGCACCCGGUGGAGAGGAGCCCCCGGGGCUGGGAGACGGGCGGCGACUCUGCGGGCGCGGACGAGGCGCGGCGGCCCGACCCGGAGGCCGAGGCGCCCCCCACGAGGGGCGGCGAGGGCGCCCAGAGAAGCGCGGCGGAGGCGGGAAUCGUCGCCAGGUCGGAUCCCAGAGACGAGAAACUGGCCCUGUACCUGGCGGAGGUGGAGAAGCAGGACAAGUACCUGCGACAGAGGAAUAAGUACCGAUUUCACAUCAUUCCCGACGGCAAUUGCCUCUACCGAGCGGUCAGCAAGACGGUGUACGGAAACCAGAGCCUGCACCGGGAGCUGAGGGAACAGACGGUGCACUACAUCGCUGAUCAUCUCGACCACUUCAGCCCCCUGAUCGAGGGGGACGUGGGGGAGUUUCUCAUCGCCGCGGCCCAAGACGGGGCGUGGGCCGGGUACCCCGAACUGCUGGCGAUGGGACAGAUGCUGAAUGUGAAUAUACAUUUAACGACAGGAGGGAGGUUGGAGAGCCCCACCGUGUCUACCAUGAUCCACUAUUUGGGCCCCGAGGAUUCCCUAAGGCCUAGUAUUUGGCUCAGUUGGCUCAGCAAUGGACACUAUGAUGCGGUAUUUGAUCACUCAUACCCUAACCCGGAGUAUGACAAUUGGUGCAAACAAACUCAAGUGCAAAGAAAACGCGAUGAAGAGCUUGCCAAAUCCAUGGCAAUAUCUCUAUCCAAAAUGUAUAUUGAACAAAAUGCAUGCUCUUGAAAUGUUUGAAAACCAACACCCUGGGAAAAUUGCCUAAGUAGCUUGUGUUUGGAGAAUUACACGAACUCAGAGUAAUAGCACUUUUAAACUUCCUCGUAGAUGUACUGUAGAUGUAAUGCCUUAAUCUUGGUUUUUUUUUUUUUUUUUUCCUGUUUUCUCCCCAGAGCUGAAGAUUGCUGGGCACCUAAAUGAUGUUUUAUGAGAGCUUUGGGUAAUCCUACAGCUAUUUAUAAUUUGCUGUAUAAAGUUAGCACUACUUGAUUUGCAAGCUAAUUUCUCACAGUGUAAAUUCGUUCAUUCCUGGCAGUCUAUUUUCUAUAAAAAUGUAUUUUUGCACAACACUUUUAAAAAUUGGUGUACCUUCAUCUGUGACGUGUUCCGUUUUGACAAACAGCUUUCAGGCAUAAUUCCAGAGAAGUGCUUUAUAUGAAGUCUAUCGUUUUGAACAGAGUUUGUGAUUUAAUAGUUAUUUUAUGUUGUUGAAAUUUGGAUUUUACAAUUCUUAGAUAAUUAUUUCAGAUAGGUAUUGAUGAGUUCAUGUUAUCAGAUUAUUGGCCCAUUCCAUUUUGUUUAAACGGAAACAGAUUUGUCGUUUUGGGAUCUUUAUUUUUCUAGAAAUGGUCAGUCUUUUAAAGAAGUACUUAAGGGAACGUUGCGGGGAGAUUUUUUUUUUUUUUUUUAGGGAUAGUACCAGCACUUACUUGAAUGAGAGUCAGAGAUUUGCAGAUGGCAGAGUGAUUCUUCUGUACUCUGGUUGAUGUUUAAGUAGAUUGUCUGGUGCUCUCAGUUUGUAUUUGUCAUUUUGUUAUAGAAGGAUUUUCACAUGGUAUAAAACUUUGUGACAAGAUAAGCCUCCUGCUUUGUAUAGCUACUUGGAUUCACCCAAGGUAUUUAAAAACUAAUAGCAUAAAUGCCUCCAACUUUGGCAGUUAUUUUAUAGCAGGAGAAUAUUGUCUUAAUAUUCUCAAGGCAAAAUAGGAUUGCCCUGUAUUAUAUAAAAAUGUUUGUAAGCAGAGCUUAUAUGGUUUGCUGGGUCAAACAAUGUUACCAACCUGAAAUCUAUCUCAUUUCCACAUUAACUAUUUUGGUCAUAUUUAUUAAGUAAUGCAGUUUGUACUUUUUUAUUUUGUAACAUUUUGUGAUUUUUGUACAUUUCUGUAUUUGUACAAUAGAUCAAUUCUCAGCUGAUGGAAUGAAUGAAUAAAAUGCAUAAUUUUACUUUUAAA